AUAGACUCUUCAGACCCAGAUUAACAGGGUGAUGCGCAGAUCUAGAACCCUGUAGCUCCUUUCCCCUGUUUUCAGUCACUCGCUCAGGCACGCCGAGGGCGGUCUCCGUGGGGUCCUGCUGGCAGCCAAGAUGGCUGCCCCCACGGUGAAGGUUGCGCGAGGGUGGUCGGGCUUGGCUCUCGGCGUGCGGAGGGCUGUCCUGCGGCUUCCAGGGCUAACCCAAGUGAGGUGGAGCCGCUAUGGCCCUGAGUACCAGGAUCCUCAGAUUGACAAGGAAUAUUACCGCAAGCCCUUGGCCCAGCUGACUGAGGAGGAGACGUAUGAGCGGGAGCUCAGGAAGACUCAGGUUAUCAAAGCUGCCCCAGCCACGAAAACAAGCUCCGUAUUUGAAGACCCAGUGAUCAGUAAAUUCACCAACAUGAUGAUGAAAGGAGGAAACAAAGUACUGGCCAGAUCCCUCAUGACACAGACCCUGGAAGCUGUGAAAAGGAAGCAGUUUGAGAAGUACCAUGCUGCUUCUGCAGAGGAACAGGCAACCAUCGAACGCAACCCUUACACCAUCUUCCAUCAAGCACUGAAAAACUGUGAGCCUGUGAUUGGGCUGGUACCCAUCCUCAAGGGGGGCCAUUUCUACCAGGUCCCCGUGCCGCUGGCUGACCGGCGUCGCCGCUUCCUGGCCAUGAAGUGGAUGAUAGCUGAGUGCAGGGAGAAGAAGCCCCGGCGGAUGCUGAUGCCGGAGAAGCUGUCUCAGGAGCUGCUGGAGGCUUUCCACAGCCGGGGCCCUGUGAUCAAGAGAAAGCACGACAUGCACAAGAUGGCCGAGGCCAACCGUGCGCUGGCCCACUACCGCUGGUGGUAGAGUGUGGGCGGGGGGUCCGGGAAGACGGCAGCACGCUCUGCAGAACGCCUGUGGGUUAAGGGCCGGCAGACCUCCUGACAAGGACAAAGCCGCAUGUCCGUUGCCUGUUAGUCGUUUCUCUGGGGGCUGGAACUCGCUCUCCCUGUGCCAUCUUCUUGGAAAGAGGGGGCAUAUCAAGUUGGAUUUCCUCCUAAGAAACCUAGGGCUCACCCAGCCUUCUCUUCCUUCAGCUUGGGGUGGACCUUUGGGUGAUAUGAAAAGAAGCAGUUUUAGUAUCAGAAAGAGUUUAUUAGAAAAUUCUCAUCCUGAGCUGGUGUAACACAUGAUAUGGUAUUACGAUUCAUUAAAAGCAACUGGAGGAAAUA